AUGAAACCAUUUCAAACACCAAAUUCAUGUCAUUCAAGAAAAGGAAGUGCUAAAGUUAAUAGAUAGCCAUUUGCUAUAAUUAGCAAUUGUCCAGAAUACUAAUAAUGUGCUAAUUAUUUAUAAAGUAAAGUAUAAGGAUUAGAAAUGAGAGUAAAAAAUCUUAAUAGUCAUCAUGCAAGUGAAAAUAGAUCUACUACAGCUUCUAAAACUACAUCUAAUUUAUCUCCUUUCAAUACUCAUAAAUAAUGCAAAAAAUAUGGAUCUAAUAAAUAAAUUGACACUUAAAGUUAUUAUGAAACAAUCAUAAACAAAAGAUUAGAAAAUAUUAGUAAAAUUGAUUAAUCACCUAUCAAAACAGAACAAUCUAUUAAUUAAGAUAAAUAUUCAGUGCAUAGUUUAAUUAGUCAUUAAACAAGAUUAAAUUAAAAUUGCAUUUAGAAAAUAUAAACAUUAACUAAAAGAUUAAGACAAUUUAAAUUAGUUAAAGAUCAAAAUCAAGAUGAAUGUGCUCCAUCAUUAGCAAAAAUUAAAUGUUUUUGUUAAGAAUUCUCAAAUGAGUGUUUCGAUUUCUAUAGAUGCACUGACUUAAUUACAUUGAAAUACUUUAUAUAUUUACUUCUAUAAGAAUUAAAUAAUAAUUCUGAAACAUAUAGAGGUAAUGAUAAUCAACAUUAUGUAUAAUAAAUUGAAUUUUUGAAAUCCUAAUUAGAAAAUUAAAAUACUGAUUAAAUGACUUUUAAAGGUUAAAUAAAGUUAUAAAAGAUGGUUUAUGAUACAUAAAAUUUAAUAUAAGAGAUUGUAAAUCAAUUACAAUCUUAAAAUAAUUAAAAUGUAUUAACAAAUUAAGUUGACAUUUUGAAUAGAUAAAUAAAAACAUUAAAAGAUAAUAUGGAUUAAUAACAAUUUUUAAAAAGUUCAUUUGGUGUUAAUUUAGCUAAUUAUGAGACUAAUGAAAAUAAUAAUUCACUAAUUAAUUAAUCUAAUUAUAAGACUAAUGAAGAUAGAUUUAUGACUUAGAUGAGUUCUAAAUCAAAGUCUCCAUAUUGUAGAAAUAAUAGAAAAAUAUAAAUGGAUGGAGAUUCAUAAAAUAAUUUAAGAUUAUUAGAAGAAUAAACAAUAAUCAAUAGAUAAUUAAUGGAAAAGAUAUUUGAAUUGUAAUCUACAGAUAAAUAAAAUUAUGCAUUUUAAGAAUUAUAGGAUUAAUUAAAUGAAAAAAAUAAAUUAAUUAAUGAACUUUAAAAAAAUAUUAAAAAUUAAGAAUGUUAUUCUGAAUUAAAUUAAAGAAUUUUAGAUAUAAGUAAAAAUUUAGAUAAUGUAAUAUAAUAAAAUUCUACAUUACUAUAAGAAAAUGAAUAACUUAAAAGUAAAAUAGAUUAAAUGAAGUAAUUAGAAUAAAAAUAUUAUGAUUUACUUUAAGACAAUAACAAAUAAUGUUAAUAAAUUAAUUCAAUUAUUAAUGAUAAUUGUUAACUUAAAAAAAUUUAAUAAUAAUAUGAGGCAGAAUGUAAGGGAUAUUAAUAAUAAAUUUUAAAAUUAUAGGAAAAAUGUGAAGUUUUAUAAGCCUCUUUAUAAGAUUAAAAUGAUUCAAAAUAUUUAUAAUAAUAAAUUAAUGAUUUAUUAUAAUAAUAAUAAGAGUAAAAUAAAAUUAUUGUAAUUAUAAUUUAUAAUAAAUUAGAGUUUAAUCACAGAUGAAGCAUUAUAUUUAGGAUAAAUGACAUUAUAUACUAAUGAUUUAUUAUAAAAGUAAUAAGGAGAUAUACCAACAUCUAUAAGAGUUUUAUAAAAAGAUUUAAAUAAUAAGAAAGCAACAAUUCAAUAGAAAAUGAAAAUUUUAUAGCAAUUUGGAAAUAAUAUGAAGAUAAAGCAAUGCAUUUCACAUAAUAGUUCAUUCAAAACAAAUUCUGAAGUGGAUCUAUUAGAGAAUUUAGAUAAUGACAUAAUACCAAUGAAAAGUUAAUAAUAAUAGAAUUAACAUAAUGAUUUGAUGACAAUGUUAGUUGUAUAAUGUCAUACAAUUGAAAAAAUGAUUGACUUUUGA